ACAUUCCUAUCGAUAGGCAGUCCCCGCACGUGUUGAAAUUGUUUUCUUUUUAUUUAACGCUCCUUUAAUUUAGCUAAUUUAAGCAUGUCGGACUUUGAAAUGGAGGACAGUGCCUCGGGCUACGACUCGGGUGAUAACUCAGACGCGGAGCUCCAAGCGGCUUUCGAGAGAGGCGACCUGAAACCAGGUCUAAAUGUGGAGUUUAAUGGGCAAAGAGACAAAGUAAAUGAUGUGACCAAACUGCUGGCCAAAACAGAGGCCAUUCGCCUGCAGCUCCCUUGGCUGGAGCGCCUGGACAUGGUCAACUCACUGGCUCCUUUGGCCCCAGAACUCGCUGUUCAGCUGGAGAAGCACGAGCAGAAGCGCGCUAAUCUGUUCAAGGGCAACGCCAAGCUGCCCUACAUUCGCCCCGAGGAGGAUCCAGUUUUAAAUGAUUUCAAGCGCGAGAUGCUCUUCCAUCGGCAGGCACAGAGCGCUGUGCUCGAGGCCAUUCCCCGCCUGCACGAGCUGGGCAUCAAAACCCGCCGUCCUGACGACUACUUCGCCGAAAUGGCCAAGUCCGACGAGCACAUGCAGAAGGUGCGUGCCAAUCUGAUGGCCAAGCAGCAGGGUCAGGCCAAAUCCGAGCGCAUCAAGCAGAUUCGCGAGCAGCGCAAGAUGGGCAAGAUGCUGGCCAAGCAGACCAAGGUGCAGCGCGAGGCCGAGAAGAAGGACAUGUUGGACAAACUCAAGAAGUUCCGCAAGGGCAAGCUGAAGAACCUGGACUUCCUUGAGGACGCCAAGGCCCUGGAAUCCAAGCAGAAGCAGUCCGCCGAGAACCGCAAGAAGCGCAACAAGAAGUUCGGCUUCGGCGGCAAGAAGAAGGGUCUCAAGCGGAACACCAAGUCCUCCUCCGCGGGAUUGGAUGGCGAGAAGUCGUCGCGGAAGCAAAGGGGUGUCAAGGCGGGCGCCUCCGUGAACAAGCGGUUGGGCAAGUCGCGGCGCAUCAAGGCCAAGGGCAGAAAGUAAUCUGAAGCGAGGAUUGCAGACUAUUCUUAGGUGACCAAACUCUAGUUUUUAAAUGCCCCAAUCGUGUAUAGAAAUUUUAGAACCAUAAAUACAUACAGUUUUAUGUGCA